AGGUACCGAUUGAUAUUCUUUUUUAUUUAUUGUAGUUUUUAUUCUGAAAUUAAAGGCUCUUUAGUUUCAAUUUGCAAGUGAGAUAUGUUUAAUUUUAGAUUGUCAGAGAAUGGUAAGUGUCAACCCUUACAGAUUUUCUCCCGAUGAUGUACUCGUACAAUGCCCGAAAAUUCUGGAGGAUAAAUAUUCUACUCCUUCAGUGAUAGUUUUAUUUACUUCAACUGAUUCAAAGAAGAACUCUAAAAUGCCCUCGUGGACACAGACACGGACGUUCUUCAUCGGCAUAUUCGCUGGAUUCUUCAUAAGUUUUUUGAUAAAAAAAAGCAUCUUCGGCUCCUUCAGUUUUUGUAUCCGUACAGAAAACAAUGUCCGUAUUGUUGAAGAUCCUUUCGAUAUAGUUGGUGCUGACCGAGGAAUGUUCCCUCACAACAGCGAUAAAAAUCUUGUUUUUAUUGGUGUGAUGACGGCUCAACAAUAUCUGGACACACGAGCUGUAGCAGCUUAUGAAACCUACGCCAAGCAAAUACCUGGCAAGAUUGCUUUCUUCACUUCAGAGUCUUCGGUGACUAGCAGCAAUAUUCCCGUGGUUAGGCUCAAAGGCGUCGAUGAUACCUACCCACCUCAAAAGAAGUCUUUCAUGAUGAUCAAGUAUAUGCACGAUCAUUUCUUAAACCAUUUUGAGUUCUUCAUGCGAGCGGACGACGAUGUAUUUAUCCGUCCCGAUUUGCUGGAAAAUUUUCUACGUUCUGUGAACAGCUCGAAACAUCAAUUCAUCGGUCAGGCUGGCAGAGGGAACAGUGAAGAAUUCGGACGUUUGUCGCUACUGGAUUAUGAAAACUUUUGCAUGGGAGGUCCCGGAGUUAUUCUUAGCCAGGCAACCCUGGCGGUAGUGGCCCCCCAUGUCGGGGACUGUCUUCGGAACGUCCACACCACCCACGAGGACGUCGAACUUGGGCGCUGUGUGCAGAGAUACGCUGGCGUCUCGUGCACGUGGUCUUAUGAGAUGCAGCGAAUCUUGUACCACGACCGGAGCCAGGACUCGUUCGGUGGCAAGCUCAAGCAGCCUGAGCUGCACCGCGCCAUUACCUUGCACCCUGUUAAGAACCACACCUUCAUGUACCGUCUGCAUCAUUACUUCCAGACGCUGCAGGUGGUGUCGCUGGAGACGAAGCUGCUGCAGCUGGUGCGGGAGCUGGGAGCGCUGCACCGCAACACUGCAGCAGCCAGCCACCCGUUGCGCCUCCCUAACUUGGAUGACGCGCGUCACGGGGUGUUCCUCUCACACUUGGGUCGUGAGGCGAGCCUGCAGGCUGGUGCAGGUCGUCACGAGACGACGGUGCAGGCAUACCAGCUCGUGAGCAAGCUGCUCUUCUCCCUGGACACAGCCAACCCCAAGCAGCGCCUGCCUUCUUACUUCAACGAGUCCCUGGCCGACGUCAUCGCCUACACCAUGCAUACCAUCAACCUGGCGAGUAGCAAGCGGGGGCGGGAGCUGGAGUACCGUAACCUGCUGUACAGCUACGUGCGGCACGCCCCCGGCACCGGCAUGCAGCUCGUGCUCGACCUCCUGCUGCUCUACAAGCGCUUCAGGGGCAACAAGAUGACCAUUCCUGUCAGGCGGCAUGGAUACUUCCAGGUUCCUUUCGGGCCGCUUUAUGUGCGGGAGUUGCCCGUGCCUACGAAAGACGUUGCUGUUGACCACAUUCCUCAGCCUGCGGCUGUGGUGCAUUUCUUAUUGCCGCUGGCUGGUCGAAUAGAAACAUUAACUCGCUUCCUGGCAAACUACGAGCGCGUCGUGCUCAUGCAGCAUGAGCGCGCCACGUUGACCAUCAUCCUGUACCGAGAAGAGCAGCGGCGCAGUGACACACCCUCCCUCGACCACGGCCAGGCCGCCACUGACGCGGAGAGCGACGUGCAGUCGAGGGUCAGGCGUCUCACCCUCAAAUACCCCGCGGCCCUCAUCAGCAUCGUCCAUGGUGAAGGGGAGUUCCAGAGGGCACAGGCCCUGCAGCUGGGGGCGCAGCAGUGGCCGGCGCAGGACGCUCUGCUCUUCUGUGUUGACGUCGACAUGUCCUUCACUAGCGACCUCCUGCCCAGACUGCGACUGCACACCAAGCUUAACGCGCAGGUGUAUUUCCCGAUUGUGUUCAGCGAAUUCGACCCGAGUGUUGCGGGGGCGCCGCCCCACGACGAACGCGGCCACACCGUCGUCACUGAAGAGAGCGGAUAUUUCCGUAGCUUCGGUUUUGGCAUCAUGAGCGUCUACCAGAGCGACCUGAUGGCGGUGGGCGGCUUCAACACCAGCAUACGAGGCUGGGGCGGGGAAGAUGUCGACCUCUACGAAAAGUUCGUGGCAAGCAAGAACCUGCGCGUGUUCCGGAGCAGCGAGCCUGCGCUGGUGCACGUCUACCACCCGCCAGCCUGCGACUACCGGCCUGUCAAAGACAACUCUGCCAGUAAUGAAUCGCCUUCGCUGUCAGAUGACAGGCUUAAGAAAACUGCACUCAGUGCGGGGACGCAGGAGAGCCAGUGGAGCAUGUGCGCAGGGUCGGUGUACAGCACACACGCCUCCAAGCGCGUCCUGUCAAGACGGCUGCUCGACGACCCGUCCGUGCUGCGCUACUUUGCUGCUCGUCGCCGGCCGCUCACUUGACACAUUAUUGGCCUAAUGUGUGUGAUUUAUCUUCUAUUUCCUCGUCACUUUGAUUGUCUAGUUUUGGGCUGUUCUUCUUUAUUUUUCCUGUUUUCACACCGGGCUAUUCAUAAUCAAGUCGUUCAUUCUGGUCGUAAAUUCCAUUGAUUUUAUUCUAAUUUGAGUCGCCAUAUCGUUAGCUUUAUUACAUAUUGUAUUAUUUGGUCGUGAAUUUCAGUUUGUGUUGCAUGAAUUUAAUUUUAUGUUGCAUGAAUUUCAUAUUGUGUUUUCUCUGUAUCAAACAGCAAAGCUAAUUUCUGCCGUCAUUGUUGGUGCCAAACAAACUUAUCUACUUCAGCUAUAACGUGUUCUUGCUGUUCUAUGCGCAGCUCGAAUCCCGUGUGUGUGUUAGGAGCUUUGUUUACUCAGAACUUGAUUGUUGACUUCCAACAAACUAGGCAAAUACUCAUUUUUCCCCCGUUACUGUCUGCACUAGAGUGCGCUCAAUACAAGGGAUGUUUUCUGUUUUUUUUUUUAUUAUUUUACGAUUUCUGUGUACGUUUCAUAAGAUACUGUACUAGAUUUCUUUUCUUGUGAUAGCUAUGCUCUCUUAUUAAUUCUUACUGUACGUACUUAUCAUUGUGACCGAAUUUAUGUGUGUGGUUUCUCUGUUGCCAGUACACCGUUCCUGAUAUCCUUUUACAAUGAAGUUCAAUAUAUUGAUAAGGCAAACUUAGGAAGUCUUACGAACAACCACAAACUUAAUUUUACUACAUACUAGUGUAUUGAAUAGUACCCGAUUAUGCAUAACUAUAGCUAUUUACACUCUAUGAGUUUGGAAUAAUUUUUAGAGAUAUUCCGCAUGUGUGCUGAUGUUUUUUCAUCUUUCUAGUCUCUCGUGAAAUCUACUAUAUAUUCUCAGCCAGGUUCUUGUAACGAUAGUAACGUAAUCGUUGUCGUUAACCAAAAUUGAAUCUCAGAAAGCAUGAGUGUUGAACUAAUUAUUAGUGUGCUUUCAUACUCUAUUUAACGUACAAGACCUUGUCAUAUUCCCCCAUGGUGUGUUGCUCCAGUUGACCUUGUUUUAUAAUAGCUUUUAAUUAAUAUAAACUCAACAGUCUGUGAUGCAGAAUACUUGAAGACAACGUAUUAUUUGAUCUACGUAACUUUUUAUGAAGCACUAAGAUUUGAUACUUAUGAUUUCAGAACAGUUUAAACAUUUAUGUUGAAAUGCGUAUACUUAGUCGAAACUCUGUAGUUACUACAUCCAGCAAUAAUUAUGAACUAUUUUAGAUGUAAUUUAUUGUAUUAAGUAUUUGUAGUUGUGUUGUCCUAGAUCUGUUUUCCUUAAGCCUAGAUAGAAGACCGAAUUCCCGUUGCCUCGCAGCUAUUUUCGAUGUGCUGUAACUGCAAUGUUUCCAACUGCGAUUGAUACUUUUCCAAUCCUACAUUAUGAACUUUUAUGUGAUGGUUUUUCCUUAUAGUUUAUCGUGCAUUAACCUUUUAGUGUCGUGAAACUCAGUAUUUCUUUCCCUGUUCACAAAGUAUUAUUCGAACCAAAGUUUUGUGCUUCCAAGUUUUUUUUGUGAAUGUGCGCUUCAGUUCAGUGGUUCCCAACCUGCACUACCCGUGCCUUUCGUUGCACGAAAGAGCUUACACGUGGUGCGCUAACACUCGUGCUGUAAAUUUUUAGUUAGUCUAUUACUUUGGACAAUAAUGUUUACUGCCUAACAAACGAUGAUCUGACAACUAUUUGCCACUGAUACAAGAUGCCAUCUACCUUGUCAUAUCAGCCCGCCGUUGAACUCACACAGCACACUUAAUUGUUGCACUAAUUACGAGCGCAAUAAAUGAGAUCAAUGCAACUAAUACCGCAUAUUAACGGCUAGUAUGUUGAUAGUGGUAUAUGCCUGGCGACAGUAGGCACUUCUAAGUGACACUCGCAUACAAAAGAAUUGGGAACCACUGCCCUAGGUUACUUUUAAGCACAUUGCAACAUUAAGCUCGUCUUCAGUAUUAGAGAUAACAAUCUUCCUCUUUCUAUCCACAUGCUCAACCUUGAGUGCCUUCUAUAUGUACUUUUAUACGUUUUUAUAUGAUAAUGAUUUAGUGGUUCUAAGAAAAGGAGAGGUAGAGUAAUUUUUUGCCGAACUGUGCAGAAAACUUUUUUUUUUAAUUAUACCUUAAGCGAAUGAAAACUAGAAGAUCGACUAUGUUACAGCUGCUAUGGACGGGAUAAUUAUAUACCUAGUCAUCCUCCUAUGUCAUUGACCGAUUAUUGACAGUUCUAAUAACUCGACAUGCAAUUCCCAGCAUUGCUAAAUCUAGUUCAACCCUCAAUUGACAGGAAUCAGGUGUUCCAGCAAUGCAUGAAGCACUAGGAACUAAGACUACUUUUCUUGUUUUCGGUGUGUUGUCUUCUGCCGGAUGUCCGGCAUUGAAAUACUCUUUCCUGCAUAGCAAUAAAUAAUCAUACAUGAUUGAAGGCCAAAUUUGUUUUAAGACGCAACUUGAAUAUCGCCAGAGACGAUGUGUUCCUCAGGGCCACGCUGGCCUAGAAUUGAUCAAUAGUGAUAACUUAGUUUGUUAAUUAAGACUCUUUUUUGCAUCAGUAUUUUAUAGAAUUUAAUGGACUUUAACAUUUAAUUAAUAUCCAAGUGAUUACUGAUCUCUGUAGCUAGAUCUCACAGCUCUACAUGUCAUACCAGUAACGUAUUGUUUGGCCUUUAAAUUUAAUACACUGUCAUGAUAAUUGUUCUGAAUUAAUUACUCGCUUAACUUACGUGUCAAGAUAAUGAAGUUCAGAUUUUUUUAGCCAUGAAAUAAAUCCACAGUAGGAUCUCUAGGCAAUGCAUCAUCUUGUGUAUGUCAACUUAUGGUGGGAGUUAAUUUGAAUCAUAGCUUGUCAUUUUGCGACGAAGUAUUGUACUGCUAAAUUCGGUACAACCUGUACAUGUAGGAAUCGAUGUCGAACACAAGAAAAUGGUUGAUUUUACUUCAUGUCUAAAAUGAAUUUUUAUCAAGUCCAUCAACUUGAAGUCCCACAUGGGUGAGGAAUAAGCAUAAUAAAGAAUAAGCUUUUU